AAACGCUUGCUCUGCUAUACAUUUUUAUAUUUAAUUUGAUGUAAAUAUCCAUUGCGUUCUGUUGUGGCAGUGAAGGGGUUAAAGCAGACACAAGAUACUAAAUGUGGAUGAAAUGUGAUUGGUUUGGUCCUCGUGUGUAGAUCAUGACAGGAUAAAACAUAUACAGCCCCUGCAGAUGGAGCACGCUUUGUGUGGUGUAAACACUGGGGCUGUGUUGAAGAAGAAGAAGAGGAGGAGGAGGAGGAGGAUGAUCUUGAAUCAAUGAGCAGAAGACACUCACUCAUCUCAGUGCAGGACUAAAGACGCUCCUGAAAUGAUGCAGAGGACCUCACGUGCACGGAUGAGCAGGGCAUUGAGUUUGUGAAGGAUUAAACAACAGCACAGUGGCUUCACCUUCAGGCCACUCACAGUAUUGCAGCAGCCGAUCUGCUUCAUGGCCACGGGUCCAGACGUCUGCAGUACGUAUGACUGUUACAAUAAGAUAAACGUACAAUCAGGAGGCAGCGAGGUGACGCAAAAGACACAUGAGAUGGAGGUCAGAAGUCACCUGAUAACUUCAGGAGCUCCCGAGCUGCAGGUCGGUAUGGACAGUAAGCAUCGUGCCGAGCGGAUGGUGGAGCUGCAGGAGAGACGCAGAAGCCUGCAGACGCUGCUGAACACUCGACUGGCAGAUCUGAGACGCUUGUGUCUACAAGAGGCGGAACUGACAGGUGAAGUUCCUCAUGAAUAUCCUUUAGAAACCGGAGAGAAACCUCCCCACGUGCGACGUAAAUCUGCUUUGUCCCGCAGUGCUUCCAAACAUAACGCCAAAAAUGAGGAAGAGGACGUCUCUCAGCGCAAGGCAAAGAAAACUCUGUUCAGUGGCGCCCUCCGCAGGCACGUGGAUUCAGAGCAACAUCCUACACAUGGCAAAAGAACAGUUCAUAGAGGAUGCCACACAGAUAACACGGUGAAGUCAGAGAGCAGCUCCACAUCAGAUUCAACCAAUCAGGACACUGAAGAUGUCUCUGACAGGUUGUCGCCCUCGUGCACCCGGCACGUCUCCGAGAGCCCAGAUGGCAGAUUUUCUCGAAAACUCUCACCUGUGGAAAUCUACUAUGAAAUAAAAACACGCCGCAGUUCAGUGGCGAGCUCAGCCAGCCCGAGUCAUUCUCUUUCAAGGAGUGUGUCAAAUUUGGAAGGCAGAAGUGUACCAGCAACUCCACACCUGUCCCGAAACGGACAAACAGGAGCGCACAUCAGGUCAGAAUCCUCCAGCGCCACUGCUCCUGUGAAGCAGUGGUCAGAUAAUCCAGAGGCGUCCCAACCGGUGCCUUCGCAGUCUCAGGAUCCCCCAACCUCCUCAGGGUCCUACGAGCAGGGUCCGCAUGGCUCCCAAACACGACGCAGCAACAGCUCAGAGACGCUGCUCGACCGAAACGGCAACGUGGCGGAAGAGGGAGGUCAAAGGUCGGGAGUGCCCGUGCGAAACGGCUCGUACAAGAGCUCGGAAGCACUGAUGGAACAGGCACAGUGGAACAGCCCCGACCAGCAGAUCAACGGACACGCAGAACUGGGCCGCGUUCGCGCGAGUCGAGCAAUGAACGCAGGUGGCGGUUACAGUGAGAUCCUAAUGGAUUACGUUUGGGGAAAGCAGCAGAAGAUGCAAGCUCAGCGACAGCAAAGACUUCAGAACGGUUCAAAAACGAGGGCGUGGCCAGAGGGUUCCAAUGCUCCGCCCCCUCCCUACAGGAAUGGCAUUCCCCAAUCGCAGCAACUCAUUUUGGGAACUGGCCCUCCGGCCUACAGCCCUCUUAUGUUGAGGGGGAAGCCCGGUGAGCCGCGGAGGGUCAAAGUGAGUCGCACAAAGUCCUGUGGUCCGUUUGUUCCCCUCCAGCAACACCAGCAAGAAUCCAUCAUGCUCUCUGCUUAUACAGACAUACCCGCAUCCAACGUUACGCAUAACCAGCAGAACGACCACCCUCACAGACCGCCCUACUACCCGUUUGAGUCGUCUGCCCCCACGACUCCCGAUGACCCCACACGCAGCCUGCACAAAGCCCUGGCGCUGGAGGGGUUGAGAGACUGGUAUCUGAGGAACGCGCUGGGUCAGGCGGCCAGCGGGGGAAAGGGAAAAGACGGGACGCAGACGCAGCGCCGACGCACCACAUCCUCGCUGCACGGCUCCCACACGCAACCACCCGUCAAACACCAGACACAGUCAUUCCAGGGAGACACGGUUUAUCCACAACUGCCCCAGUCGGCCACGUUUCAUGGUCAUCCGCUACACACCAGGACGAUGGAGCGUUCUACGUAUCAAGAUACCUUUUCAUCUAAAAUGCAGGAUGUGACUCUUAAAGAGACUGAGAGACCCGGUCCAGGCACGCUAGUCUAACAUGCAAACAAACCAAACCCCUGCGCAUACACAGACACGGGCGCAUCUCAUCAAACACAGAGACUAAAGCAAACACCAGCUUGUGUGUGUGUGUAUGAAACGACAAAAUAGCAGAAAGACUUUUUGCUUCUCUUGAUUAAAUCAUUUUGGCAGAAAUCAGUCCCGCCUUCCUUUUAGCUACGGUUUCAUAGGACCCUUUUGCAUGGGAUCAAGCUGUCAUUUUAUUUGUGGACUUAUGUUAAACUUCCCUUACAGUCAACAAAAGUGGCAGCAGGUUCUGCCAGACGUUAGAUAAAAUACAGACCGCUAACAUAUGUCAACACAUUCACAUUAGUAGGAACAAUUUCUAUGACGUUUUUGUUUCAAUACAGAAUAUACAUUUACAGAAGUCUUUCACGAGAAUCCAGUAUUGGUCGCUGACUGUGACCGUUUUCAAAAAGCUUCGUCCCUGUUUUAUUGUUUUAUUAUGAAAUCAUAUUUCUAUGCAAAAUACAAUCAAAAAGACAAAACCCGUGAUUAAAAAAGCCAAGCCGAAUAUUAAACUUUAGACUGUUAGAGAGCUAAUUCCUGCAUUCGAUAUCACAUACUGAAUUAAAUGAAGUACCUACACUGUUAAAAAAAUUCAGCAUUUUGUCAAAUAAACAUAUAUUUUAUGUUA